AUGUCUGACUUAAUCGACAGACCACGAUCAGAACUUACUGAGCUCGAGCUUCAGAAACUCGAAGAGUUUGAGUUUGCUCACGGCCCUAUGUCGUUGCUUCAAAACGCUUUGGAUAAUAAUACACCAGUAGUAAUAUCGUGUCGAAAUAACCACAAGAUGGUGGCCAGGGUGAAAGCCUUCGACCGUCAUUGUAACAUGGUUUUGGAAAAUGUAAAAGAAUUAUGGACGGAAAGCGUCAAGAAUGGCAAAGGUAAGGUAGUGAAUUCUGUGUCGAAGGAGAGAUUUGUGUCCAAGUUGUUUUUGAGAGGCGACUCGGUGGUGAUUGUGGUGAAAGCAUAG